AUGGAUCGUCUUCGUCAUUCAAAGCAGUCCUCCAGCGAGGACUCCCCUGUUUCUGCAAGUUCAUCUUUUGUUGCAGACAUGAACCUGACCAAUCACCUGUCUACCCUGUUGGACCGGGAGCAUAACGACAUGGUCGUUCGAGAGCUGAAUCUCCUAGAUGCGACCAUUUCCCCCGAGAACAUCCUCCUGAAAGUGCUCUCCCCAGAGUCAUUCACGGGUACCGCCUCCUCUUUUGCCCGAUUCCAGCAAGGCCAACAGCUCCUGACCUCCAUCGGAUACCGUACCAUCGGGUUUGGUCAGUGUGGCCUUGUCUUUGAAAGACCUGGCCGGGGGUACGUUCUGAAAGUUGCCAAGCCGUCAUAUGAAGAUAGCCUUUGGGCCGAUUUCAAGGCCCAUUACAGCAUCAGUCAGGCUUUUCAAAAGUAUCAGAACCCCAACCAACCAAUGCAGUGCCGCGUACCACAACUCUUCUCUUAUAUCACAAAGGAAAAUGAUACAUGGUGGAACGAAAAUAAACCCUUUUUCACCACAACACUACACGAAACAAUCUCUUUACCAGCGAUGGCCUUGAUUUCCCAGCGGAUCCUCCCAUUGCCGAAAAUCGCUCGCGAAGCCCUAAUCAACAAGUACUGCGCAGAACCAUCUCGAGCCCUUGUGGCCGCCAAUCCCACAAACCGAGACUGUCUUGCUCGAGUUUACCUCGGCCGGCGUCGAAAUACAACCGCUCCGCCUGCAAACUUCACCUUACGAAACUUUAACUUGUAUCUCGACCAGAUGAUUGAACUGGGCCUUCCUAUCAGCAAGAUGGCUGGCGCUAUUGGUGAAGCGUUAGCACUCGUCCACUGGGCUGCACAUGUUGAUGGAUAUGAUAUUGAAUUUGUUCUGGGAAGUGAAGGCAAUACAACAUACACACCGGAUGUCUCCUCCAUCCUGAAUAUGUCCCCGGAGCAGAUAGCAGCACUAUCUCCACAUACAGACAUCGAGUCUAUGAUGUCGGUCAAUUUCCAGCAGCGUACGACCCGUUUGUGGAUGUUAGACUUCAACCUGUGCAAUAUGUGGAGUGAAUCCGUUGCCCUAUCGGCCCCUGAGGUACUAGUAUCGCACCUAGUGAUGUCGUUUUUCGAAAACGAUCCUUACUUUCCACUUCCUUUGAUGGAAAGUGAAUUAGAUCAAGAACUUUGGGAAGUCUUUGCCGCCCAAUACCUCCAGAUGGCAACUAAAGUCUUGAAUGGCAAGGACCCGAGACUCGCAACACUUCCUUUAAAAUUCCUGGAUGGCUGUGUUGAGAGGGAGCGGGAUAGUAUUGAGAAUGGUCUUGGUCACGGCCACCGCAUUUACAAGCAAUGA